AUGGCAAUGAAUUGCACUGUGUUUACUGAGUUCAUAUUCUUAGGACUUUCUAGCAAACAGAAUGUACAACGUGUGCUAUUUGUGUUCUUUCUCUUUGUUUAUGCCAUAACUGUGGUUGCAAAUGUAGGGAUGAUCCUGCUGAUCAAGAUGGACUCCAGGCUCCACACACCCAUGUACUAUUUCCUGAGCAACCUAUCAUUCUGUGAUGUCUGUUACUCUACUUUUGCCUCUCCCAAGAUGUUGGCUGAUUUCUUAUCUGAGGAAAAGAUCAUAGCAUUUAAGUUCUGUUGGAUUCAGUUGUAUUUUGGAGAAGUCUUUUUUGAUGUGGAAUGUUUGAUGUUGGCUGUCAUGGCUUAUGACCGUUAUGUAGCCAUUUGCAAUCCACUUCUUUAUACAAUUGCCAUGUCUAGGAGCCUCUGCACUCUGCUGGUUUUUCUCACCUACAUCAUAGGUUUGGUGAAUUCUACAAUCCAAACUUAUUUAACAUUUAAUUUGUCGUUCUGCAAAUCCAAUAUCAUCAAUCACUUCGCAUGUGAUACUGCUCCCUUGAUUGCUCUUGCAACCUCAGAUACAUCCAUCAAUGAAAUAGUGUUGUUCAUACUUGGUACCCUUAUAGUGGGAUGCAGCAUCUUCACUGUCCUCCUCUCUUACAGCUACAUUAUAGCGACAAUCACUAAAAUGAAGUCAAUUGAAGGGAGAUACAAAGCUUUCUCUACCUGUGCUUCCCACUUAAGCACAGUGGCUCUCUUCCAUGGAACACUUCUCUAUAUGUAUUUACGACCCAGUUCUGGUGUUUCUAAUGAAAAUGAUAAAAUUUCUUCUAUUUUCUACAUAGUUAUCAUCCCUAUGUUAAAUCCACUAAUUUAUAGUUUAAGAAAUAAAGAUGUAAAAGGUGCCUUGAGAAAAGUCAUCAACACAAAAUUAUGUCCUGCGUAA